AUGGCGGAGUCUGAGUCCCGCUUUCUGCAUGGCGCUGGCAUGUGGUCCUGUUGUGCGGAAGCUCCCGAUGGUAGCAUCUACUGCCUGCCGGGCAACGCCCGUCGGAUCCUGCGCUUCACCGACGAGCUGGAGCUUUGGGGUCCAGACCUGGGAGAAGAGACCUGGAAAUGGACGGUCGCCAUCCUCGGCUCAGACGGCUCCAUUUGGGGCAUCCCAGGAAAUGAAACACGUGUCCUUUGCAUCACUGCGGAUGGGCGAGUGGAAUUUGUGGGGCCACCCCUGGAGGGGCAGCAGAAAUGGCACGCGGCCCUCCUGGCGCCCGAUGGGUGUAUCUAUGCCCCACCUUGCGAUGCCGGUCAGGUCCUACGCAUCGACUGCGCCAACCACGCGGUGAGCCUGAUUGGUCCAGUGAUGGGCGGAGUGGGGAAGUACUGCUCCUGUGCGCUGGCCGAUGGGUAUAUCUACUGCCCGCCGAACCACGCGGCGCAGGUGCUGCGCAUCGCGGUCGGCAGCCGACGCUUUCAGCUCGUGGACACCAUAGGGCCUGACUUGCGCUUCGGCGGCGGGGGCGGCUACGUGUGCUGCGCCACCAGCUCUGACGGGCGAAGCGUCUACUGCCCGCCCUUCAGCGCACGUCACACCAUUUGUAUCUGCGACGGGCGCGUGGAGCUGGUGGGAGAGACGCCAGAGACGAUGGCACAUCAGUGGCGAAGCGCUUUGAGGGCCCGAGAUGGCUGUAUCUAUGCGAUCCCCUGCAAUGCCAGCAGGGUGCUGAAGGUGGACCAGCAGGGCGUCCUGCGGCUAGUGGGCCCUGAAUGGCCCAGCGCGCCGGCGCCCGAGGGACUCGAGAAGUGGCGAGGCGGCGUGGAGCUCGGAGACUCCAUCUAUGGUAUCCCUUCGCACGCCAAGCAGAUCUUGCGGAUCAAGACAGGUGACGAGGCUUUGUCCUCACCCAGCUUCGAGCAGCUGCAAGCGGAGCAGCAGCGCGCCGAGCUUGACGCGGAGAAGAACCUCAAGCCAGUGGAGGGACAGGAGGCGCCCAGCUCGAUGGAAGAGGAGGAGGAGGACUUUGACAGUGAGAUUGAAGAUGUGGAAGAUUGGCCCCUGGAGGAGUGCGACGGCGUGUCGCUUUGGGGCCCGGUGCUUGGGCAGAAGUGGACGAGAAAGAACAAGUGGAGGUCAGUGCUGGCAGGACGUGGUCAGUGCUGCGCGCCACCGUACUACUGCGGACAGAUGCUUUACGUGGACACCAGCCGCCCAGAGGAGGAGGCAGUGCAACUGCUCGGCGAGGCACCGCCGAAGCCUCCCAAGAAAGUCUUCGUGCCCCUCCCCGACGAGGAGUGA